CCUCCCCCAGCCCCGGGCCUGGGAACCAGGCAGGGGCCUGAGCUGAGCGCUGGGGCCGGUGCACCCCCCUGGGCCCAGGCCUUUGCGGGUCCUGGGAGGCACUGUCCGCGCCGGCUGGCCGGUGGUGGGGGAGUCCAGUGGCCCGCAGCAAGAGACUGCUGUCCAACCAGGCCCGGGCACCCAGUGGGCGCCUGCUGAAUGUUUGGGGAAGGUAGCCAGCACUUGGCGGGGUGGCAGGGGGAGGCAGGCAACUCCUCUCUUCCCCUAGCCAGGCGGCGGAAGUGAGAGAGGUGCUGGUGCCCCUCCACCGGGUGUGCCCACCUGGCUCACCCAUGGGUGGCGGGCUUGGUUUGCACCCCCCCCACCCGCCGCCUCCCAGAGCUGGGCCGGAGCAGGCCCGGCCGGAGAGGGCGUCCAGGAUUCCGUGUCAGCACCCCCCUCCUCCAGCAGGGCCAGGGCGUAACCCCGAGUGCGCCGCUCCCACACUGGGGGGGCCCUCCCCAGGGUCAGCGGAUCACUUCCUACUGGGGAGUCCAGGCUGGGCUCUGCUGCUGCCCAGGCCUCCAAGGCUCCAGGCUGGGGGCAUUCUCCCCCGUGGGCCACCCCCAGUGGGGCCCUUAGAUCAGCCAGGCCUGGUACUUAUCGGCUGGGCUCGGGGCUCUGUUUACCGCCAGCCAUCGCUGUGGAGACGGGAGCCUGGGGGAGGGGGGGGGGCGGGAGCUGGUGGCUGGAAGAGCGAAGCCCUGGGAUCCGCAUGCCUAAUGAAGGAAAGAGGAGCCAUCGGGGACACUGAAAUUUUAAUUCAUGGGUCACUUUGGGGGGGUAUUUAUUAUUCAGUCCUGAUUGGCUGCGUGGUGGCCAGUCAGCACCCUGGCCCCAGGCGGGGAGCCACACAGCCCUUGGCACAGGCCCUCAGCAACGGGUGAGUGGCUGCAGGGAACCCCUGCACCCUUUUCUUUGUGUGGCAGACUGAGGCCUGGCCGUGCUCAAGCCUAAUCCACUGGGGGCGAGUUCUACAGGCAAGAGCUAGUCCUUCUGUGGGCUUUUUUCCUUCCUUCCUUGGACUCUUAUGACUGAUCCAGAGUCUGUUGGACUGGAGGUGGUCCCUGAUGCCAUGUGAGGAAAACUGAGGCCAGGAAGGAAGGCCCAAUACAAGCGUGGGGCCACAGGGCUUAGACAAGCCUCAGAAAGGUGCCGAAUGGGGCAGGAGUGACUGAGGCCCAGGGGAAGCAGAGAGCAGGCCAAGGUCACCCAACCAGGGCUGGGUCUGACCCUUGUGGUCCUACUGCCCAGCUCCAGUGGUAUCUAGAGUUCUCUUCAUGUCACAGCCAAGGGGCACCUGCUCUGUCUUACAGAGGGCCUGGAGGUUGACAGUAGGCACCUGUCAGCCAAAUGGAGCCUCUGCCCCAAGAGAACAGUGAGGCUCAGAGAGGGGAGGCAAGGUGUCCAAGGUCACACAGCAGGAGCCUCAGCGUCCCAGCAUCCCAGGCCCUUCCCACCCCAUCUGAGCUGCAGCCCCACCCCUUGGCACCUUGGUCCUUGGAGAUUGUGCGUGUUUUACAACCCAUUAUUCCCGAGGAGACCCAGGUUGCCUCACAGAGCUAAGACUUGGGGCCAGGCCCUCUGAAGCAGAGCUGGCCUGAGAAGGGGGUCCACUGGGGUUUCAGAUUCCAGCCCAUUUGCUCUGUGACCUUGGGCAGGUCCCAUAGUCUCUCGGAGCCUGAACAUCCUUCUCUGUGAAAUGAGGUUACUGUGAAUUCCCCCACGUACUGCCCGCAGGCCCACCUGUGUUCCCUUUCCUUCCCUCCCUCGUGGAGGAAGCACCUGGGUCAGCUUGGGGUACAGCAGGGAUCCUGUUGAGGGGUAUGUGUGACUAUGACACCCCCCCACCUGUCACCUUGUGCUCCAGGCACCUGAUAGACCAUAAACUGAGCUGCCACAGCCCUGGGCAGUGGAGACCAGAGGAACAGGCUUGGAUGGGGGCCAGUGUGGUCCAGUCUCAGCCUGGCCCUCCCUCACCUCCAUCUGAGGUCCACUUAGGAAGGUUGCCUCCCCUCUGCCAGCCUCAGUGUGGCCAUCACUACAAUGGGGAGAUUACCUUUAGCCCCGAAGCGUUGUCCUGAGGAUUUACUCUGUGAUUCUCCAGGGAUGUUUAUCGAGUGACUGCUGGGUAGUGUCAGGGCCCAGGAGAGCCCUCCUGCGUCUCUGUUCUGAAGUCCCCCCCGCCCCCCGAGUUCACAGGUGUCAGCUGGACUCCAGCCUGGCCCCAGGCUCCCUGCGUGACCUUAGGCAGAUCUCUCCCUUUUUUUCCUGGGCUAUCAUAAGGCAUUUCUGAGGGGGUGUGAGAAUAAGCUGUCCUCAGCCUCCAAGGCCCCCAGGGUGGGGGGAUUUAGUCCCCCGCUGGCACCUGGGGCAGUGUGUGUGGGGGCAGGUGGGUGGAGCCCUGGAAGGACUAGUUAGGCGAGAUGGAGCCAGACAGACGACCUGUGUUCGAAUCCUGCUCCGCCAUGCGACCCAGGCAGGUUGCCUCAGUGACCUGGCCCGUGAAGUGGGGUGGUGAUCACAGGCCCCACUUUCCAGAGCUGGGAGGGUUGACACCGGGGCGACCGAGACCUGUUGGGGGACCAGCCCCGGCCUUGGGGGGCCUAAGGCCCAAGUUUCUGAAGCAACAGAGCGUGGAAGGCGCCCUCUGGAGAAUCUGGCCACAGAAGCAGGCCCUCCAUCUGUCCCCCAGCAGGCCGGGAACGGCCACGGGGUGGAAGCGUCCCCACCCACGCCUUUCUGGUUCGACUGGAAAACAGGGCCCUGUCCCACCUCCUGUCAGGAUGUGUUUGGUAGCCGGGAAGGGCUGGAUCUGUAAGCACAGGAGCCUGGGGGCCCCAUGGGCCAUGCGCCCCUCUGUCUGGCAUUUCCAGGCUGAGCCUUCCACCUGCUCAGGCUGCAGGUGGGGGCGGGGGUGGUGCCUCCAGGUGACAAGCCGGCCUCUGGGGAGGGCAUGAGGGAGCGAUCUGGAUGAAGAGAGGGGCAAGGCUCCUAGAAGUCACCCAGGCCUCUCCUGGGCAUCUUGGAUAAGCACGUGCAAUCUGAGCUAAGGGCAGGGUAGACACUGGUGGGCUUCCAUGAAGCCCAGCUUUGGUUACCCCCAGUGACAGGAAGCUUACUCCUUCCACCUCCACUGAAAACAGAUCUGUCUUCUCAGGGCUUCCUCUUGAAACCUGGGCUUGGUGUCAGGGCUGCACUUCCUGGCCCAAUACGGCGCUCAGAGCGUGGGAACAGGGUGGGCCUUGGCCCCACCCAUGAGCUGGGGGUCAGAUAGGAGCCCCAUGACCUCCUAAUCCCCACCCACUCCGGUCUCCACACACACACUUCCCAGUGGGCCCACAGCCUUCCUGCCUCUGGCCCUUUAAGGCCCGGGCAGGAAGCCCCUCCCCAUUUAGGGCAAUAAAUGGACACAUAAAAUGGCCGAGGGCCUGUUUGCUGGUGUCUGGCCCGGAGGGAGGCCUGCGAGGGCAGGCGGGCAGGGGGCCGGCCGACAGCUGGCAGCCACAGUCACCCUGAGCCAUUGGUGCCCCCCACCCCCUGACCAGGACGCUGCAUUCCUGUCCCAUUAAACCCCAGGCCGGGGACUGGGCCAGGCAGGGAUUGGCACCAGGUCAGGGCGGGGUAACCCGUCAGGACCAACCUUGCAACACAGGCUGCCAGGCUGGGAGGGGGUGGGGGCAGCCGGGCACUAGCCUGGCAGCCGCACCUGGGUGCCAGACUUGCUGUGUGACCUUGGGCCUGCCGCCUACCCUCUCUGGGCUGGUUUUUUUCCCCUCUAGAGGAUGGCUCAGCUUCCUCCUGGGGCCUGCCUGGCACUUCCUUGGCACAUAGUAGAUGGAGAGGGAGAUGGAUUCCCUCUGGUAUAAUGUUCAGAAGUGAAGUUGAAAGCCCACCCCCAUCCACAGGGCAGGGGGCGAACCACCUCAUCAGGCCUUUGGGGACUGUCAGUGGCACAUGGUAGGUCCUAGGCCAAGGCUUGCUGAGUGGACUAGAGUGGAACCCUUUGCUACCGUCACAGCUCCCAAGGAAACAGGUGCUUUUCUUGGCCCAAGGUCACCCAGCUUGGAGGUGGACAGACCAGGAUGUGCUCCUGGGCUGCCAUGGCACAUAGUAGGUGUCAGAGGUCCCUGAAGGAGUUCCCUUUUGUUCUCUCCCUGGGUGGGUGUGGGAGCCUGUAACCCCAUUAAGCUGCCCCCCUCCCUGGACUCUCCUCCAAAAAGGCAUCAGCUGACGGUUACGUACCUACCUGCUGCUGGCCACCCCCUUGCUGGGGGGUGUGGGUGGGGGGGGAGGCCCGGCCUCAGCCCUCACCUUGCACCUGACCUUGGGGACUCCUCAGUCUCCUCCCCCUGACCCUCUCCCGGGGCGCCACCCUGGGCUUUGCCCCCUGGUGUUCUGGGGACCAGGUUUGGACUCUCCCAGCCUCACCCUGCAUCCCCAGUGGGUGAGUGUGGCAGCUCAGGUCAGAGUACUUGAGUCCCAGCCUGGCCACCGCUCUGCUGUGUGACCUUGCCCUGGUCUUAGCACCUCUCUGAGCUUCUCCUCAUCUCUACAGCCUAGGGUCCACUUAGGUCUUGAAAGUUAGGGCACCGAGGAGGGCCCAAAGCUGGCCUAGGUCCUAGCUGCCUGCUGCAGCAAGUGACCCUAGGUUAGAUUGGAGGUGGGACUGGCACCGUCCCCUGGUACUGGGUGUGCCUGCUAGCCAGGUGGGCAGGGCUGGGCGUGGGCUCACUCCAGUGCAUAGCUCUUUGGUCUUUGGUUCCUCCUGCUGUUUGCUGCACCCCUACUGUGUGCUGCCCAGGGGAGGGCCGGGUGUAGGGGCCUGGGAGCAGCCCAAGAGGGAGGAGGGUGCCCCACCUCCAGCCCAGGAGGAGCCUGCCGAGGCCUGCCCCUCGGCCGGCCGCCGAGUCAGCACCAAACGGCCCCGGAAAUCCCAUGGAGGUCUCGGCGCGGAAGAUGGCCGGCGGCGUGGACGGCCCCAUCGGGAUCCCGUUCCCCGACCACAGCAGUGACAUCCUGAGCGGACUCAACGAGCAGCGGACGCAGGGCCUGCUGUGUGACGUGGUGAUCCUGGUAGAGGGCCGUGAGUUCCCCACGCACCGCUCGGUGCUAGCCGCCUGCAGCCAGUACUUCAAGAAGUUGUUCACAUCAGGCGCCGUGGUGGACCAGCAGAACGUGUACGAGAUCGACUUCGUCAGCGCUGAGGCACUCACGGCCCUCAUGGACUUCGCCUACACGGCCACACUCACUGUCAGCACGGCCAACGUGGGCGACAUCCUCAGCGCCGCCCGCCUGCUCGAGAUCCCCGCUGUGAGCCACGUGUGCGCCGACCUCCUCGACCGGCAGAUCCUGGCAGCCGACGCAGGCGCCGAUGCCGGGCAGCUGGACCUCGUAGAUCAAAUUGAUCAGCGAAACCUCCUUCGCGCCAAGGAGUACCUCGAGUUCUUCCAGACCAAUCCCAUGAACAGCCUGCCUGCCACCGCGGCCGCCUCCUUCCCAUGGUCUGCCUUUGGCGCAUCCGAUGAUGACCUGGAUGCCACCAAGGAGGCCGUGGCCGCCGCCGUGGCCGCCGUGGCUGCUGGCGACUGCAAUGGCUUGGAUUUCUACGGGCCCGGCCCCCCGGCUGAGCGGCCCCCAGCCGGGGAUGGGGAUGAGGGCGACAGCAACCCAGGUCUGUGGCCAGAGCGGGAUGAGGACGCCCCAGCAGGGGGCCUCUUCCCAACCCCUGUGGUCCCACCAUCCACCGCCACGCAGAACGGCCAUUACGGCCGGGGCGGGGAGGAGGAGGCGGCCUCACUGUCGGAAGCAGCCCCGGAGCCAGGCGACUCUCCGGGCUUCCUGUCAGGCGCGGCUGAGGGCGAGGACGCGGACGGGGCUGAUGCGGACGGGCUGGCGGCCAGCACGCUGCUGCAGCAGAUGAUGUCGUCGGUGGGCCGGGCGGGGGCAGCCACGGCGGGGGACAGCGACGAGGAGUCACGGGCGGACGACAAGGGCGUUGUGGACUACUACCUGAAGUACUUCAGCAGCGCCCACGACGGGGACGUCUACCCGGCCUGGUCACAGAAGGUGGAGAAGAAGAUCCGGGCCAAGGCCUUCCAGAAGUGCCCCAUCUGUGAGAAGGUCAUCCAGGGUGCCGGCAAGCUGCCGCGCCACAUCCGGACCCACACAGGCGAGAAGCCCUACGAGUGUAACAUCUGCAAGGUCCGAUUCACCAGGCAGGACAAGCUCAAGGUGCACAUGAGGAAGCACACGGGCGAGAAGCCCUACCUGUGCCAGCAGUGCGGGGCGGCCUUCGCGCACAACUACGACCUGAAGAACCACAUGCGCGUGCACACCGGCCUGCGGCCUUACCAGUGCGACAGCUGCUGCAAGACCUUCGUGCGCUCCGACCACCUGCACAGACACCUCAAGAAGGACGGCUGCAACGGCGUGCCCUCGCGCCGUGGCCGCAAGCCCCGUGUGCGGGGCGGGGCGCUUGGGGGGCCCGACCCCGCUCCAGCCCCGGGGGCCCCCGCGCCCCCACCACCUGGCGCCCCCGCCCCGCCCGGCUCGCCCGAAGAUGACACCGCUGCCGCCGCGCGGCGCAAUGGCCAGGAGAAGCACUUUAAGGACGAGGACGAGGAGGAGGACGAGGCCAGCCCCGAUGGCCUGGGCAGGUUGAAUGUAGCGAGCGCCGCAGGGGGAGGCGACGGGGGCUCCGGGGCCACCACCGCCGACGGCAGCUUCGCGGCCGGACUCGCUUGAAAAACCAAAAAAAAAAAAAAAAGCAAAACAGAAACCCGAGAAAGUGAGAGAGAGAGAGAGAGCAAAUCACCCACCACCCCCCAAAAACACAAAAAAAGAAAAUCUCUAUAUACAGAUAUCUAUAUCUAUAUAUAUAUAUAUAUAUACAGAUAUAUAUAUAUGAAGCGUCACAGAAUCUAGGGUAGUGCUUUUCUCCGAUUUUUCUCCUUCAUGACCGUUCUCCCCCUCCACGGGGGACCCUUGCCCCACCCGCACCCCACCCCUAGCCCCCAGCCCCGCUUCUCCCCCACCCCAUCGAUGGCUUUCGGGGCUUGGUUUGGGGUUUUUGUGGGACACAAGGAUUCUGAACUCCCUGGGUGACCCACCCCCCCCACCACUGCCACUGGGUUUGGGUCUGGGGUCCCAUCUGAGGCCUGAUCAGGAUCCCAGGUCCCGGCAGGGGUGAGGGUGGUCUCGGGGGAAGCUGGGGACCCAGGUGGUCUUUUCUUUUCCUUCCCUCACUGGUUUCUAGAGUCUUCGAGACAAGACCUUAAAAAAUGAUUUCUGUCCGCUGUGAGUGGACGUUAAAAUGGCCCCACCCCCACCCCCACCCUCCUUCCUCAGGGCACUUCCUAAGUGGGGGUCUCCCCCUCCAUCUCUCCCACUGCCUCCCUGCCUCCCAUUCCUGCCUGUGGGCCCCCAUUAUCUCCUGGCCACUGCAACACAAAUCUAUUUUAUUUCCAGGCUUGGAGAAAGGGAAGAAGAUGGGAAAUGGGGGGAUGCCAGGGUGACUCCCCAAGGGCCCCUGCCGCCUUUCUUCACGGCACUUACAACCUGGCGGGACCCAAUGGGCCACCACUCAGGGCGUCCCUGCCACCCCCUGUCUUCAUCCCCUGACCCCGUGAGACGCUUGGAGAUUGGAAACUAUUUGUCCUCACCCACUCCCCUCCCCAGCCCUUUCCCAGUUUUUAAAAGCACUUUUUAUUAGAUUUUUUUUCCCUCUUUUCCUCCUUAAAGACAAAAUUUAUAUAUAGAUAUAUAUAUAUAUAUAAAAUAUACUUUUCCUCAGAGGAGCGGACGAUAGUGAGGGGGUGAAGGAGCCAAGAGCAGGAACCCAGGGUCUCACGGUGUCAGGGAUGGGGGAGCUAGAGUGUCCAGAAGUUCCAGUGUCACAAAAAGCAAUAAAAACAAGAUUUUACAAAAAUGAAAGAAAAAAAAAACACAACAACAAGACAACCAACCACAAAUAGGAGUCUUGGCACUUUGUAACAGAACGGGUACUACACUUUAUCUUAAUUUAAAAAAAAAUGUUUACAAGUUGCAACCAACUUCUAUGAAAAGUCAAAAAGACAAAAAAAAAUAAAGAGAGCGAGCGAGCGAGAGAGAGAGCGAGCGAGAGAGAGAGCAAACAAAUUCCUAAAAGUCGAUUUAUUUUUGUACAAAAUAAUAAAAAGACAAACCCACCACAGACGUAGAAUCCACUUCUGUUCCCCGAGGUGAGCAAAGGGGGUCAGGAAGUCACGGGCGAGCGAGGGCAAAGCCUUCUAAGGCAUUUGUGCUUUACCACAGGGGCUUGCCUUCAGGCAGGACUGUGGGGUUUUUGUGUUUCUGCCGUGUCCCCCCACCCCCACCCCACCGAACCCGCGCCCUCCCCCUUCUGCCCCUUUUUUGGGUUCUGAUUUUGAGAUGUCUCAUCAACUGCUAGCCAUACAGUGGCCACCAUUGUCCGCGGGGACCCUCCUUACCGACUCCCCAGCUCAGGGAUGGGCCCAAGAGAGGGCUGGCCUUCCAACCAGCCAGAGCAUUCCUGUCUCCCUGCCCUUGUCCCCCCCCACCCCGACACACCCCCCACCCUUGCUGUCCCCCAACCUCCAACAUGGCCGCCCUUCCUGUGGCCACCGGGGAGCUGCCAUCUUGGAUCCACAAUCCCCGUCGAGGUGGGCAGCAGGGGGCCCCACCUCCAGGGCCUUAGAUUCCCCCUGCACCCCUCUUUUUACUCAAAGGCACUGACUGUAAUUGGGGGCUGGCACCUGCCUCCCCCCAGCCUCUGGCCCCCACCCCCCCAAAGGCCCGGUGUUGACCGAGCCACAGGCCACGGACUGGGGCCAGGGCUGGGGAGACCAUGUUGCCAGAGGCCAGGGCACCCUUCCCCCAACCCCUAACCCCCUGUCGCAUAUGCAACCCUAGCGUGGGACCCUGUAAAUAGACACUCUGCUGAGCUGAGACCCUUCCUAGUCAAAGCCCGAGGUGCAGGGGCAUCCCUGCCCCCCCACUUCCAGCCACUGGCCCGUCACCCCGCACCCCUGUGUUCUGUGACAAACCCCAUCUUGUUCUUGUUUUUAAAGGGAAGCUUUUAAAGAAGGCAACUUUCAUUGUUUCUACAGGAUAGUUUUUGUUUCCUCCUGCUCCCCCUACCCCCCGAGCCCAUCAGCCCCCCAAAUGUCUCAGGACACCCCCUCCUGAGGGGGGUGGCAGGGGAGCCCAGGGCCGGGUGGCCCCGUCCACACCCCAGUGUCCUGAGGCGAGCCGAGUGCCCAGGCCAGGGACCCCGAACCCACCCACCCCAGCUCCCAGAGAGGUUCCCUGAGGGGCUCAGCCCUCUCCCAAACACCCCCUCGCAAUAAAGCCAACUGAAAAAUCACAGCUGUCGUCCUGGCCAGGGGGGCGACCGGACUUAGGGGAAUCCAGGCCUCUAGGACUACAGGGUGGGGAGGGGGGCCAAGGGCUGAACCCCCCCGCCGAGCACACUUUAACACAAACCUCCUCGGGAAUUGCACUAAAUCCUUGCCCCUAGCUCUGCGCUCAGCUUCCGCCAGCCCUGCCCACCCACUCCGCCUUAACCCUCCUCUUGCCGCCCGCCCGCUAGCCUGUCUCGGGGGGCCAUAGCAUCUGCAUGGGCCCAAAGCCGGGACCCCCUCACCCUCCCAGCCCAGCCCCCCACCCCAACUCCACGCAAUCACAUACUGUAUAUAGACGUGGAUCAAUUUUAUUUUUAUUCUUUAAAUUAAGGUCGUGAUAAAGUGUUGCCAAAGAUAACUGCUGAAUUCUCGCGUUUCAGGAAACAAACAAACAAAAAACUAUUUGAGGGGGAACGUGCUGACUGUUCAGAAAGGACACAGCAAAAAGUUUUUUUGUUUGGUUGUUUUUUUUUUUUUUUGUGGUUUCUUUUUUUGGGGUGUUUUUUUUUUUUUUUUUUAACUGCCUGGUACAAAAAAAAAAAAAAGAAAAAAAGAAAAACAGCGAAAUUGUUAUUUCCAUCAUCUUGGUGAAGCUGAGUGGAUGUGUGUGUGUGUGUGUGUGUGCGAGAGUGAGGUCCGGGCACAGGGGGAGCUCCAGGCGGGGGCUCUGGGGGCACCCCAGGGCUGGGAGCAGCGGUGGGCCUGGCAGGAUGGUGGGGGCCGGAACCCUCACCUGGAGCGGUCUCCAGCCUGCAGGACCAGAGAGAGAGAGAAAGAGAAUUAGCAUACUUGCUGCUGCCCCCUGGCUAGCCCCCCACCUUGAUCCCCACCCCGCCUUUUGAGAUUAAGAGAAAAAAAUAAAAAAGGAAAAAAAAAAAAACUUAAAAACCAGUGAAUGUAAAGUGCCGGACCAGGCCCAGCCUGGCAAGGGUGUGGGUCUGGGCCUGUACCCAGGCAGGCUCCCCCGGGGCCAUACCAAAGUCUGCCCCCCCACCAUGGCCGGCUCACCCAGGAGACCCCUCAUGGCCCUCCUGUCUUGUCACCCUGUUUGUACCUGGCUGUCCCUUUCCUUUCUUCUAAGGGAGCAGGGUCUUGGGUGGGGGGAGGAGCUCCCAGCCCCUUAGAGGGUCUUCUGGAAGAGUCUUUGCACUACUGAGACCCAUCUCAUCCCAUGUGGUGGGACAGAGGCAGGGGCCCCUCCAGGACCAAGGCAGUUCAGGAAGCCAGGAUUGUAGGAGGUGAGAAACAGAGAGACUGAAAGGAAGAGCAGGAGAAAAAAAAAAAAAUCCACACAAAAAAAGCAAAAAUCCUAUUUUUUGAGAAAGAAAGAUAUUUAUAUUUGCAGUUUUAUUUUAAAAAGUUAUUUAAGCUGAGGAAGCAACCUUCCUGGAGCGGGAGUAGGGGGAUGUUGGCUGGUGCAGGACGGGUCAGGGCCUGGGGCACCCCAGGAGUGAUAACCUCAGAGUAAGACUAGCUCGCACUAAAUAUAUAGAUUUACAGGGGGGUGGGGGGCAGGGCUGGAGAGGGAGGGGCUUGGGGAGACCCCCAUCCUGCAGCUAGAGCUGCCUGAAGGCUGCGGCCACGGGUCCCCCCUGCCCCACCUGGGCCCACAGACAUGAGGUGCCUUGGACUUUGGGGGGCCAGGCCUGGUGGAGCAGGGCGGGGUGGCGCCCAUGGGGGGCACAGAGCACAGAGCAGACAUUCCAGAGACUGUAUUUGAGAGUCUUUAUAAAGUGUGGGAGAUUUAAAAAAAAAAUCAAUUGAUAAAAAUGCACUUUUUGGGGGUGGGGAGGGAGAAGCUUUAAAAGUAAUAAUAAUAAAAAAACAAAAAGACAAAAGAUAAUGAAAAACUAGACAAAAAAAUCAUUUUUCUUGUACAUAAAAAAAACCACUAAACGCAGCCUGUUAUGACCGCUGCUGUCUCAGUUGCCUGA